AUGCUGUACUACGCCACUACUGGUGCCCUCCCCAUCCCCAGUGGCAAGCCCCAGUACCAGCAGCCCUCAUACUACACCAGCGGCGACAGCACCUAUUCCGUGUCUCCGCCUGAAGACUUGGAUGCCUCUGUCAGCUCUGCCUCCGGCGUAGCCUCGUACGGUAACAGCUAUUCUGUGACCACGAGCUACGCGGGCAGCAGCCAGGGCGAGUAUGAUAGCACCGGCUCCGCGAGCGGAGUUGACCUCAACGAGUACAUGCAGGAGCGGUUUGCGGCCACUUUCGACCCGCUUCCGCUCGACAAGUGCACCGCCAAGCAGGCUCAAACAUCUGGCCAUUUGAACGCCAAACACCGUGAGCUGCUCGAGCUGCAGGCAAAGGCGCAAGCCCGCCUUGCAAAGACCCGCGCGCGUUUUGCGCAGGGACUCGAGGAUGCGCGCGAGGUGCGCAACGACCUCGAGUGGACGCAAAAGAAAGUCGCCUCUUUGAAGGCCAAGGCGUCAAAGAAGCACUCCAAGGAGUACACAAAAGCGCGGGAGCGGUAUCCGUCGCCGGAUAUGUACUAA